UUCAAGCUAGUAACAAAUGAUUCAAUUGGCGAGAAUGUGUGAGGAAAACGUCUAUUGAGACCAAAAUAACUAGGAUAAAACUUCUCUGUUUUCAACUCAAGCUUAACAAUCCUUUUCCUUCAGGAAAUUUGAUGAAGCGACAGCUAAAGUUCAUCACAACACAGCCAUCUGUUGAACGGUUUACCACGACGCAAGCAGUAUAACAAUGGCGUGCUCUAAAUACAUGUCGACGUCAGAGAAAACACAUGCUGCCCGAGUUUCCCGGUUACUAGUAGACCCCUGCACGGACCUCUUCAGGGACCUUCUCAGAAGUCGAGUCAGUGAAAUUCAAUUCCCAAGUAAACUAGAAAAUAAGAAGAAAGUGUUAAAUUGCAUUUUAAAUAAAGUCCAAAGAGACUUACUCUAUCCAUCUUUGGGAUCUUUCUUGGGAACGUACAAUGACUUUGACUUGUCUCUGUUAUAUGUACUACUGCGGAAUGUAGCAGACAUUUCGCCCCACAAAAAAGGAUGGGGCAAACAACCAGAUCCAUCAGAUUGCUCAGUGUCUGCUAAUAUUGACCGUGUAAGGGAUAUACGAAAUGUAUAUUGCGGUCACGCAGCUAGUGUCUCUCUGUCUGAUCCAGAGUUCCACAAAAUCUGGCAGGACCUGACAAUUAUUAUCGGAGAACUUGAGGGCAGUCUUCCAGAACGAUGUACAACAUACACAGAUGCUGCAAACCAGAUAAAGAUAGACACCAUGGAUCCAGAACAGGAGAAGAAAUAUCUGGAUAUCAUUGAUGAACAACAUCAAUCCAUAGUAUACCUCAAAGGUAGGAUAGAAGAAAAUACCGAGGAAGCCAGCAGAUUGGAUGGGAGAAUAGAAGAAACAUUGGAGAGAGUGGAGAAAUUGGAUGAUGAAAUGGAGAAACUAACAAAGUCCCCCAUUCCCACAAAUGUCAGAGGGCAAUAUGAUAUUGACAUUCAGAAAUGGAGAGAGGAAGACAAGCUUUACUAUGAAACCCACAGCUUUCCAUCGGUGAUGCAGAAAGUGAGAAACCAAACUUACAUAACGUUCGUUGGAGUGUCUGGGUCUGGUAAGUCUGCUACGGCUCACCACAUCGCCCUCAAGCUCCAGGAGGAAGGCUAUGAGGUCGUACCAACCAAAGAUGUCAGAAAGUUGGAGGAUUAUGGUGACCCCAGGAAUCCGCAUGUUUUUGUUAUUGAUGACGUGGUGGGUGUCUUUGGCCUCCAGAAAACUAAUUUAAAUGUGUUGACUAAUUAUGAACAGACGAUAAGACAACCUUGCAUGGUUAAGUCUAAAACUUUGAUGACAUGUAGAGAGGCUGUGUUCAAUGAAACACUACCUUACAAACCAUUCUUUACCAAAGAGGAGACUGUGAUUAAUUUGCGCAGUUCUGAUAAUGCAUUAGAUAACAAUGACAAGAAACAAAUUCUCCAGAAGUAUGGUUUAAAUGUUGAUUUAAUGUCCCCUGCAUUGCUGACAUCAACAUCUCGCAAGUUUCCGCUUCUCUGUAAAUUGUUUUCAAAUGAAAAAAAAUUCCAAGCUCUUGGUGCAAAGUUUUUCCUGAAUCCAGUCCAAUGUAUCAUUGAUGAACUUGAUGAUAUGCAAAUACAUAACAAACUGAAUUAUUCAACACUUGUUUUGUGUAUGCUAUACAAAAACAGUAUCUCAGAAGCCAUUUUAAAAGAUAUGAAAAACGAACAGCUUAUUGAAACUUUGGGAAAUUGUAAGUUACAAAGCCAGACCGAUGCAAUCAGGUUUAUGGACGCUUUGUCAGCAAUGGAGGGGACAUACACAAAACAGUGUGGUGAAAAGUACACAUUUAUACAUGACUCCAUGUUUGAAAUAUGUGCUUAUCAGUAUGGCAAACAGUUUCCUGACCAAAUGUUGAUGUACAUGAGUAGUAGUUAUAUUGCUAAUUAUGUCAAACCAGAGGCAAGUAAACCAGGUAUUGCUAACGAAAUAAAAGAGGAUCAGGGUGAUCCUCAAUAUAUUCAGGAGAACAAUAGCAGCCGUGAUAGUGAUGAGAAAGGAAAAGUGAAUGAUGAUAAAAACAAUGAGAGAGAGAAAUCGUUUGAUCUGUGUAUAAGGUUAAGUGAGGAUCAGUACCCAUUGUUAGCAGAGAGAUUGUACAGAGACAUACAGAACAUGAAGCUGUAUGAUGUUUUCAGGAAUCAGGUUUUAAAACACCCCCAGGUUUGUCAGGCUUUUAUUGGUGUGUUAGAGACAAAGUCAUACGCGGAAUUGAAAUCCUUAUUUCUGUCCAAACAGGGAGAUGUAGAUAAGAUAGUGAGUAAACAAAAAACUGUGGCUAGGCAGGGUGAGGAGAAAGGGGAGAGAAUGAGACAGGAAGUACUGGUGGAUCAGAGGUAUAAACUAGAUGAUAAGGGGAAUAAAGUAAAGGAUGAAUACCUGUACAAUGUGAGAGUGGUCAGCUGGGUGAUUUACUAUGGACAUUCUCAGAUUAUACAAUACAUAAUAAAACAAACCCAACAGUACAAAGAAAUUGGUGAAUUAUUUAGGAUAACAGAAAAUACUCCACAUCAAUCUACAUCUUGGAUAUCUAAAAAUAUUAUGAAGAUUAUGAAUGUGAUUUCAAAUAGAAAACAAAAGAAAGUAGAACAGUAUAGAUUACUUGUAUUGGGUUGUUUUAGUGGUGAUGUACACACAGUCAGAGUUCUGCUUCCUGUCUGUAAGGAAGCAAUCAUUGGGAUAGAUCAGAUCAGUAAAGAUACCGAUUGGUAUCAUCUUUCACCCCUUACCGUUGCUUGUAUGGAUGGACAUGCGGGUGUUGUGAAGGAACUGGUGAAAGCAGGGGUUGAUGUCAACCUCCACAUUAGACGUAUAAACAAACCACUAAUAACUGCAUGUGAGAGGGGACAUGUGUGUGUAGUAAAGGAACUGGUGAAAAAUGGUGUUGAUGUCAAUCUACAUGAUAGUCGGAAUAUACCACUAAUGAUUGCAUGCAAAGAAGGACACGUGAGUAUAGUGGAGGAGCUGAUAAAGGCAGGUGCUGAUGUCAAUCUACUGGAUGAAUGGGGGAAUCCACCGCUGGUAACUGCAGUAAGAAAUUGUCCUUUAUCAGCAAUAAAAAGUCUAGUGGAGCAUGGAGCUGACUUGAUUACUGAUCUUGUUGAUAUUGAUUUAUCAGCAGUAAAUACAGGAUUAAUAUUGGACAAACCAGAUAUAGUGAAAUAUCUCAUACAGUAUCAAAAUGAAAUCAAUCCAGGUAAAUUUAAUGGCAAUGCACACCUUUUUAACUGCCUGGUGGAAAUCAGACAUGCUAGAGUCAAAACAGACAGUAAGGACGAUGUGUUUGUGACAGACAGAUCAGUGUGGUGUAUGGAUGAUGAGGGGGAUUGGUGGAAAACAAUCAGAUGGGGAAACUGUGAUGCAUUAAUUCAUCUGUUGUGUAUGGGUUUGGAUGUCAAUCAGCGGAUACAGUUGUAUGAAAGGUACAGUGACCGUAUGUCUGAUGUAAGGCCUCUGUUGUACACACUAAUUGAUGAGUUGGAAUAUGUUAGUUAUAGAGCGGAGAAGGUGAGGAUCCUUCUGGAGGCGGGGGCGGAUAUUAAUGUUAGGGUGAGGCUUAUAAAGUAUGAUAUUCGAUAUUUGAUGGAAAAUAUAACGUGUAGAGGUCAUGACUAUCUGUGGAACUUCUUAUCCACUAGUGAGGUUGCCUCUGAGUUUGACAGGGAGGCUGUGUCUGCUCUAGAGAGGGUUAGGCGACGCGUACGUAAGUACAGUAAAAAUGGAGGUUCUAUUAAUUGCAGUAAAAGAAAGGAAAUGGACGAAAGAGUGAUGUGCGAGAUACAGAAACACGUCAGGAGACAUUCUGUAUAGUUCAUGAUUGAAUUGUAGAGAUGUGUUGUUACUGAGAACAAGAGAGAAAUGAGUGAGAUAAAGAAACAUGUCAGAAAACACUCUGUAUAUAGUCACUGAUAGCAUUGUAGAGAUGUGUUGUUACUGAGUACAAGAGAAAGAUGUGCGAGAUAAAGAAACAUGUCAGAAAACACUCUGUAUAUAGUCACUGAUAGCAUUGUAGAGAUGUGUUGUUACUGAGUACAAGAGAAAGAUGUGCGAGAUAAAGAAACAUGUCAGAAGACAUUCUCCACAGUUCCUGUUAUUACUGAAUAUAAAAUCUGAGAGGUUAGUACUAUCGUUGUACAUAACAUUCUGUAAACUCCACACUUUUUGAAAUUUUGGGGGUAUUUUUACGUGUCGUUACCAUACACACCGCCGCGGUGGCCUAGUGAUAAGAGCGACAGAUCUAAGUCGUUAAAACAGGUAGUGACAGUUCCAUCGCCAAACGCUCGGUAUCAGGUGUGAAUGUCACGGGUCCUCGGAGAUGACCUUAAAAACGGAUGACCCGUGUCACAGUAGGUGUGACACGCUAAAGAACCUUCACUGCUCAUAGGCCGUAAGCAUCGAGCAAUCAUUGGGAUAGAUCAGAUCAGUAAAGAUACCGAUUGGAAUCAUCUUUCACCUCUUACCGUUGCUUGUAUGGAUGGACAUGCGGGUGUUGUGAAGGAACUGGUGAGGCCUAAAUUUGAAUCCCUUCACCAGUCUUGGAGACGUCUCCAUAUGAGUGAAAAAUUCUCAAGAGAGACGUUAAGCAAGAUACAAUCAAUCAAUCAUUACCAUACAAAACCAAAUAUAUAUCUAGCAUUCAACUUUUUUUUUAGUUCUUUUUAAUAUGAUAUUAUAAUGUAAAUCAUUGAUUAAUGUAUAUGUGGGCAUUGUUUAUUGUUGUUUUUGUACAAUGAGAAAUUAACUAAACAAGUUGAAAUGUAUAAUGUGAAAAUAACGAAAGAUGAUCAAUCUCUUAAGUCCUAUAAGAAAUACAAAAUAGAGUUGGGCAAAUAUGGAUCCAUGGAUAUACCAGAGGUACAUGUAUAAUGACUUAUUGAUGCAUAUGUGUGUAUUGCUUAUUGUUUUUGCAUAAUUAAACCAUUGAUUAGACUUUGACACAUGCAUGCACAGGUGGAUAUAAGAUAAUUAUAAUGAAUUUGGAAGUAAAAUUAAGACAUUGGAAUUUUGAAGCCUUAAUUUAAUAAAAGUAGAAAGUACA